AUGUUGACCAGUGAUAAGAGUAUUGUCGGGUCUGUUCGCUUGAUCGAGAGUUGCUAUUCAAUAAGCGUGGCUAGUGCACCAAUUGUUACAGUUUAUCAAGGUCAAGGUGCUUUUACACCAGAUCAUGUUUAUACGCCAGCUGAUGUCAGCGAUGUAAUUGAACAUGCUCGACUACGUGGGAUUCGUGGCAUUCCUGAGAUUGAUACACCCGGUCAUACGUAUUCAUGGCGUAAAGCGAUGCCUGAACUCAUAACUGUUUGUUGGGCUAAUGGGAAACCUAAUCAAGCAAUAUACGGAAAUCACAGUGAAAUGGAAAUAUUUAAUCCUAUCUAG